AUGGAUGUUCUUUGCCGAAAGCUCUAUGACUGCAACAUCAACUUCACCCCUUCAAAUUCAAUAGAAGAGCUGUUCAGGAACCUAGGAGACCCCCUAGACAACGAUAAGAAUUGUUACAGCAGUAUAGAUGAGCUGGACACCAAGUAUCGACGAGUUCUACAGGAUUUCUUGAAAAAAGCAGCUUCUUCUCCCCCAAAUCACCCAUAUAUCUCAACCUUCAUAACCGUCGCCCACCAAGUUCUCGCAUGUAACCAUGGUAUACAUGUUGCCUUUGUUGAACGCCUAGCUCACAUGGUAGUUCAUACCGGAACCUACUACCCAGGACCUUAUGAACAAGAUUUCUUUUCGGCGUGCAAAUGGAUAUACCAAGGCAGGAAAAUACAAGAUCUAGCAGCACUGAACAUGGAGGCCGAUCACAGCGGAGAUAAGAAUGGUAGGGGAGAUAAUGACGGGACCGACAAUAGUAGCAUCGCCGACGGAAGGAGUGAUUUCAGGAGGGUCGCCAACAGAAGCAGCAACUACAACGAGAUCGCCGAGGGCAAGAGAGAUAAUGGUGGGGACACCACUAGUAUAGUUAGCAAUAGUAGGAGCGACAACUUUCCGGACGACAAUGGAAGUGACGGUAAUGACAGGGGCGACAAUGAUAGGAGUAGCAAUGACAGACUUGACAUCUAUGAAGCAUCUCUAGUUCCUAACUCCUAUAACUCCUACAACUCCCACAACUCUCACAAUUCCCCAGCGUCGCCGACCAGACAAUGUGCCCGAUGUGGUAUUUCAAACCUAUUUCUAACCUGCGGCAACUGUCUACUAAAAAGGGGUGCUCAGAUUACCAUGAGCACGGUCUAUUGUAGCCAGCGAUGCCAAGAAUUAGACUGGCCGGUCCAUAAGCUGUCAUGCUGGGAAGAACGUGGCAUGACGAUGUUGAAAGAACACAAGCCAUAUAUAUUGGCCAUGCUUGGCUGCUACAUGACGCGACCGUUUCCCUUUGGCGGAUUCUCUACGGAGCAACAUGCAAGAAUGGUCCAGAGUGAUCAGUAUGUCCGGGAGAUGAUGUACUUGAUUGGCCCGUUGAAGGCAUUCUUCUUAGACGACCUAUGUCAAGACUUUAAGAUAGUCACCAUCCUCGCCAAGAACGCCGAUCGCCCACUUUGCCGCAAAUCGGAAAACAACAUAGAAAAGUCUAGCAUGAUGGACCCCCACAGUGUUCUUCGAUUAACACUCCCAUCCGGCGAGAAAUUUGCUGUCGAUCUUGCCGCAGGACGAUUCGGAUGGGUCGAGAAGAUGAUGCACUGGAAUCGAUUUGAGGAAGAGCGAAUCUGGAAAAUCAUCGAGAUAACUUGCACGAUCCCACUCGACUUCAGAGACCCCUAUAUCCCCGCAGCGCAGUCCAUCCUCAUCCACAAGGAAAUACUGGCCGACUUAAUGGGCCACAUCAAUUUCCGCAUACACUUCGGUACGGACAGAUGGUCUACCACCCUAGAUAUCCUAACCAGAGUCGACACGGAAGAGUUCUCUGAUUGGCAGUCGGAUCUCCUCGAGAGAGCGAUAGAUCUCUGCGAAGAGACAUUCACAAUACGCUUGAGCAAUCACCGCGGCUAUAUGUACCUCACCCCUGAAUUCGACUUGUGCGUCACAGCUGAGGGAGCAGACUAUGACGCCAUUCAAAGUGCCUGGAUGACGGAGGAAGAAGUUAUACGGCUCGAGGGUGAGAGGGAGGAAUUGCUAAAGGGGGUCUAG